UUUCUUUCUCCCUAGUCCUCAUCCCCCCGUCUCGGCUUCCUCGCUUCCUUCCGCCCCCUUCUUUCCCUCCCUCCUCUCCUCCCCGACGCGCUACCCGGCUGCCCCUCCCUCCUAUGGUCUCCAUGGCCGCCGCAGCAGACGACGACCACGACCGCCGCCGCGUCGCCAAUCUCUCGCCGUCUCCCUCGGAUGCCCCGGCUCCCGCGCAGCCGUACCGCAGGCGGCUCCACAGCUUCUCCUUCCCCACGCUCAGCUGGGGCACGCACCGCCUCCUCCGAUGCUCCAAGGACCCCGCCUCGGCGCCUCCGCCUCCGCCUCCGCACACCCCCUCCCCGGACAAGGAGAAGGCCCGCCGUUCCACGGAUGGCGGUGCCGGAGGCGGUUCGCCCCAGCGCCCCCCUCAGCGGCCCUGGAACCUCCGCACCCGCCGCUCCGCCACUGCCGCGCCCGGUGCGGUCGGGCCGGAGGCCGCGGCCGAUGCUGCGGCGGAGCAUGCGCCGGCGCGGCCUGCGCAGACCAAGAAGCGGGGGUUUUCCAUCGUGCUGUCCAAGGAGGAGAUCGCCCAGGACUUUGCCUUCUUCCGCGGCACGCGACCCCCGCGCCGGCCCAAGAAGCGCUCUCGCCCGGUGCAGCGCCAGCUCGACUUGCUGUGCCCUGGAUUGUCCCUAGAGGAUUUGACGCCGGACUCGUACAAGAUCGAGGAGAGGUGAAUGCUGAUAUGGCGGAGAUUCAAAUGGGAAGGGAUUCAGAUGUGGUCAUCUCUUUUGUUCUCCGAUGUUCUGAUCGCGUUUCUUUCUUAUGUGAAUGGCUAAAAAUCUCUGCUUCAUAACUCAGAACUGUGUUAUGGUGGAACAUUUUAGAUGAAGUUCAGUGUAGUAUCUCUUUAGAUGAUGUGUUGCCAUGGAGUUGGUGAGUAGUUUAAAGUUAAAGAAUUUGGUUAUUGGGCUUGUAGGAUUGCUAAUUGUAUCAAGGUUAUGAUCCUUAGUGGGGUGUACUUGUCCUGUUAUGUAUACAUGGGUAAUGAUCUAUGAAGGUCUUUUUAUAUGAAAUUGCAGGAAACAGUUCAAUUUUGCUUCA